AUGGUCCUUUGAGAAGACUCGAUGUGGCAGAGAUGCAAAGAGCAAGACGUGUUCGAGAGGAAAGCAGAAACUUGUGGCUUAGGCAUUUAGAGGUGCAAUCAAAGGUGGAAUAAGGUGAAGGAGAGAUGGACAGAACAGAGCCUCUGGUUUAAUACAGAGGCAAAUAAAGAGCAAAAAUAAUGAAAAUGUAAUAAAGAAAAACUAAAAAUCAGAAGAUCAGCAAGAAGAGAGCAAAAAAAAAUUUUUUGGAUCAAUCAAGGAAAUGAUGUUUAACAGGCUGUGUGAUUAGCAUUUAGAAAAGCUCAGGAAAAAGAGUGCCUUCAAAAGAAAGAAUAAAGCCUGUUGAUGUGAAGAGAGAAGAAAGAAAACAGAAAGAAAAAGAGAUGCCCAGCCGUCAGCAGUGAGAGAAGAAAUCCAGAGAGAAGUGGAGAGGUAGGACGUAACGUGAAGGCUGCAAGAAGUAAAGAGCAACGCUGGAAAUGUGACGGAUAGAGAAGCAGGAGAGAAGAGCUGAGAAAAAGAAAAAAAACAGGAGACGAGGUUGAAUUGAAGUCUGCGAGGAGAGAGGAGAGGAGUGAGGCGUAGAGAAAGUAAAGCACAGAAGGAUUUCACAUUUGAAAAGAGAAACACAUGCAAAGUAGCACAAAAGAAGCUGGUUGAUAAAGAAGAAGCGAUAGGAGAAAGAAUACAGGACGGGGACAGAACAGCUGAGAGAGAAAUUAGAGAGAUCCUCAGCGGCAGCAGUCAGAAGACUUGCUGAGAAGACACGACAAGUAGCUGUAGAAAGAAAAGCAUGGAAGCUUGUAGAAGGAGAGGAGCGACAGAGAGAGGGGAGGUGAUCAGUGUAAGGAGAGACAUGAUAGAACUGUAGAAAGAAAAAAGGAGGACAGGGGUGUCAUGAGUGAAGAAGAAGAAAUGCAGGAUAAAAACGACACACCACCAAAAUCACACAGCAGCCUGAACAAGGCUCAUCCGGUGCUGAAGGCAUUUAUGUGUGGUUCUCUCAGUGGAACAUGCUCCACUUUACUCUUCCAGCCCCUCGAUCUGGUGAAAACUCGACUGCAGACUUUACAGAACAGCGUCCGUCCCGGUUCUCCGAAGGUUGGGAUGCUGCGUGUGUUCGUCACAGUGGUUCGUACAGAGAAACUCUUGGGGCUGUGGAAGGGAGUUUCACCGUCCUUUAUGCGCUGUAUACCAGGUGUAGGGAUUUAUUUCAGCACCUUUUACUCCCUGAAGCAGCAUUUCUUUGAGCUGAAGGCACCGGGGGCGUUUGAGUCUGUGCUGUUGGGCGCGGCAGCACGCUGCGUGGCUGGAGUCACCAUGCUGCCCUUUACUGUCAUCAAAACUCGCUUUGAGAGUGGACACUAUAAAUAUUUGAGUGUAUGGGGGGCGUUGAGAAGUGUGUGUGAGACAGAGGGCCCCAGAGCUCUGUAUUCGGGUCUCACAGCUACACUGCUCAGAGACGCCCCAUUCUCCGGCAUCUACGUGAUGAUCUACAGCCAGAGCAAGCGGGCACUGCCACAUGAGCUCAGCUCGUCAGGUUUGGCUCCUCUGUUGAAUUUCAGCUGUGGUGUUUUUGCGGGGAUUUUGGCAUCUCUGGUAACGCAGCCGGCCGACGUGGUGAAAACACACAUGCAGGUGAAUCCAACAUGUUACAGCCGAACCAGAGAUGCAGUACGCUUCAUUUAUACUGAACAUGGUGUUGGUGGGUUUUUUCGUGGUGCAGUUCCACGUUCUUUAAGGAGAACUCUGAUGGCGGCGAUGGCCUGGACUGUGUAUGAACAGCUGAUGGCACGCAUGGGUCUCAAAUCCUGAUCUCUCUUUCACACACACACACACACACACACACACACACACACACGGUACAUUGAUAUGAACACCAAACACUCCUACACUCCUACACAUACACGUAAACACACUAAACACUCCUACAUACACACUCCCUCACACACACACACACACACACACACACACGGUACAUUGAUAUGAACACCAAACACUCCUACACUCCUACACACACACGUAAACACACUAAACACUCCCUCACACACACACACACACACACACAACAAGCACUUAGCUCUGACAAUCAGACCUUUGAUAUUGAGCCAAUAAUUCCAUUCCCACCGAUAAAAUUAGACCAGAAACUGUUACAUUAUUAGCCAUCAAACACUCACACUCAUCUAUCAUUCUCACCUGAAGGGGAAACUGUAGUAGUUAAUCCACUUACUGCAUUUUUAAAAGGGGAGAGGAAGCAGGAGUAGCUGAAGUGAAGCUCAGUUCAACAAAAGAUGACUUGAAAUCAAGCACUCCCAUAUCAUUAUGGUUUUAUUUUUUCCUGGAUUUUUCCCUUUUAUCUCCCAAUUUAGUCAUUUCUGAUUUCCAGUUGUGAAUCUGAUGCUGCUUGCACAACCACCAAUCUGAUCAGCGAGCGCUGGAUCACCACACGCCCUCUUCGACACUUGUCCAAUCUGCAGGCGCUUCUUAUCACCUGCCAGAGUUGAAUUCACACACAGAGCCGUAUCGUGUAAAGAGAGCCAUGCUAAGCUUCAUGUGACUCACCCCACCCCCUAUAUUUGUACUGACCAGUCCCUGAUAUCGGAUAUUGCAACGGGAUCAGGAAAAGACCCAGUCCGACCCGCUGCCAGUUGUGUUGUUGGACGCCAGGUCAGUGGCUCUGCCGAGAUUCCUGCUCAUAAGUUCCAACACUGCAGUUUGCUGAGUUUUUCUUUUUGUUUUGUUAUUUUUUUGGAGAAGUGUGUAAAUCAUUCAGUCACCAAAAUCACUGACUUUUCAAGACUGAUAAAAUACAGGGGUGUAAAAACUUUUGACUUUAAUUGCUUAUGUUAAUGUUACCUAAUAUUUUAUGACUACCAUUUGUUUUCAGUAUGAACACUUUAAAGUGUUUAACCAGAAGUUAUCAGUCCACCUGAAUUCUCCCACGUGAUGUGCAUGUGUUCAUUAAAAUUGAAAGACUACAUUUUCCUUAAGUCUUUGUGUUUUACAUUGUAUUGGUGCCUCAGAGUUAUUUAAAAAGCAAAUUUAUCAUUUUACUUUAGUCAAAACACUGAAAAAUGCAUUUGUUAUUAGCGUGUUUAAAUGCUGUUAUAAAUAAGCUGAAUGUGGCUUUUGAGAAUGUUGAAUGGUGUGUGAUGGUACAUUGGUGUAUCAUGUAUGAGAGUGAAAGUGCAUGAUGGUGGGUGACGAUGAAUGAUUGUGUGAAAUGGUGAAUGAUGAUGGAUGAGGGUCUGUGAUGGCGUACUGUGUAUAAAAUUGUGUCAAUAUGGUGUAUAUUGUGUAAUUUCGGAUUUAGUCUGGCUUAGCUUGUAAAUGCACUUUAAUUAAGAAUGAUCGAACCUCUGUUCACACUAACACUGAUGGGCGUUCUCUGUUUUGGUGCCGUGCUCGGUGGAGAUCUCCUUUCGUGAUGGAGGUGUUCUUUAAUGUUUUAUUUUAGAUUCUUUGUGCUCAGAUGAAUGAUGUGCCUCGUUUGUUUAAAUGUCAAUAAACAUUUUUUAUGAACAA